ACUCCCAGCUGCACAGUCUGGACCCAUGGCCUGCAAGGCAACAUACAGCAACAUCAACAUCAUUGAACCAGGACAAGAGGAGCCGUGGGGUUCUGAGCCAAGGGAGAAGGCAGCUGUCAGCGAUGUGUACACUGAAGAGGAGAACGAAUAUGAGGCUGUUGACCCGGCUCUUGGCGCAAAGAGGAGGCAGAUGGAGCAGCAGGAGGCUCGGGCUCCAAAGUGGCAGUGGAGACGGGGCCAGCGGUGGAUUUUGGCCUGCGCGACUGUCCUGGGAGUCUCUGUGCUGCUGAACCUGCUGCUCCUCACACUUGGUGUUGUCCGAUACAUGGAGAUGGCCAGCGCCCUUGAGAGAAUGCAAGUGGAGAACCAGCUGCUCCAGGAUGUGGGCUCUCCAGCCUCUGGCUCCUUCCUGAUCUACAGUGAGUCACACCAGCUGUGUGUGGAUGUGACAGCUGGUGGCUCCCUGACAGCCACGCGCUGCGCCCCCGGCUCCCCCAGCCAGCACUUCCAGUGGCUGUCUCGGGGCCAGCUGCUGAAUGUGGCCCACCAGCAGUGCGUAGCUGUGCCAAAGCAGCUUAGCCGGAUUACUGUGCGCCUGGAGCCCUGCGAGGCCCACAGGGAGCUGCAGCACUGGGAGUGCCGGGCAGACGGGCUGCUGGCCCUCGCCAAGGAGAACCUCUACUUCAACUAUGGCAACAACCAGAACCACGUGGUGAUGCUGUACACGGGGGACGGGCCCUGGAGCCGUUGGGUCGUCUAUGGGAGCCAUGAGGACCUCUGUUUCUGCUCCUGUCAUGUCUGCACCCCAUGUCGCAGGGGGUGGACUUUCUUCCAGGACAGAUGCUACUUCCACUCCUGCUCCCUGGGCACCUGGGAUGCUGCCAACCGCUCCUGUGCCUCUCUAGGUGCCCUGCUCCUCCAGGUGACCAGCCUCGCUGAGCAGGCUCACAUCGUGGCUUCCAUGAAAUCACCAUCCUCCUGGAUGGGCCUCACGGACCAGGCACUCGAGGGGGCUUGGAUGUGGGUGGACGGGACUCACCCAGCAGCUAAUGCCAGCUAUUGGCAGACAGGGGAGCCCAAUGGUGGGCAGACAGAGAACUGUGCGCUGGCACGACAGGAUGGGCACUGGUAUGACACCCCAUGCACGGAGCAGCACCACUGGGUAUGUGAGGUGGAGCCCUGAGCCUGCUUGGACUAGCCAUCGAGCAACCUGGCCAGACACUGGCCCUCCCUCUGCCCCUGCCCCACCCCUCUGCCCCCCACUGUGACCCAAGGACUCUUUAUGCCAACUAGUAGAGGGCACUAGGGGUAUAGGGCUCCUCUGGGUUCACCAAAAGAGGUCACGUGAUGUCUAAUGAAAGCCUGUGUCAUUCCAGUGCAGUUAAUCAUUGCAAGCUAUAUGGACUGGUGAUAUUUAAGGAGUUGUGUAUCUGCACAAAUAUUAUGUUCUUAAGGUCUGUGUCUAGGUACUGGCCAUCAGCAAAGGGGAAAAUCAGGUUUGCUUUCAGGCAAGAAAUGUUGAUCUCUCUGUCUGUUUGCAUGUAAAUCAAGUACUGUAUGGUUCACAAUGGGCAUCCACUCAGAAGUCUGAACUGAAUGCUAAUGAAGAAUUGUGAAAUCUUCAAAGCGAGGAAAUUAACAGGAGGACUUAAACAGCAGGAGUUAUAAGAACAACCAUACUGGGUCAGACCAAUGGUCAUCUAGCCUAGUAUCUUGUCUUCCAACAGUGGUCUAUGCCAGGUGCUUAAGAGGGAAUGACAGAACAGGCAAUCAUGAAAUGAUCCAUCCUCUGUCAUCCACAACCAGCUUCUGGCAAACAGAGGCUAGGGACAUUCAGAGCAUGGGGUUAUGUCCCUGCCCAUCCUGGUUAAUAGCCAUUGAUGGACCUAUCCUCCAUGAAUGUAUCUAGUACUUUUUUGAACCCUGUUAUAGUUUUGGCCUUCACAACAUCCCCUGGCAAACAGUUCCACAGGUUGACUAUGCAUUUUGUCUGUUUAAAAUCUGCUGCCUAUUAAUUUCAUUGUUUGACCUCCAGUCCUUAGUUCUCCUCAUUAUCCUGUUUAGGGGUAAGACAAGGAACUUUUGAAACUAUAUCGGGGUGUGGAUUAGCCCCUGGUAUCCUUCACUCUGAGAGAACAAGCUAUCAGCAGGGAGUGGGGCAGGACAGGAGAAGGGGUCUCAACCAAACUGGUUGAAAACACCAAAAGAACUUGGGGUAAGCUUGUAGGAGACAGGAGAAUGCCUUAAGAAUUAAGUUUAGGCCUGUGAUGGACUUCAUAGAAUAUUAGGGUUAGAAGAGACCUCAGGAGGUCAUCUAGUCCAACUCCCUGCUCAAAGCAGGACUGUAGAGGAGCGGACUCACCCCUGCGGUGCCUCCUGCUGGUCAUCUGGGGCAUCAGCUCUUCCAGCAUCCUGGAGCACCCUCUGCAGGCCAGUGAUCUGCCUGUCCUCUGGCCCCGGUGUCCCUCCCAGACCCAGGUGCCCUUUUAUCUGAGGUGCUGCCCCUGGCAGUACACCCCUCAGUACUAGGGUCUCCCCUCCUCAGGGAACCCCCACCCACUAUCCCUACCUCACCUCAGAAUAAGGCCACUGCCAGUCACCAACUAGCCCCCGCUCCCUGGGGCAGACUGCAGUAUAAGCCACUCAUCACAGGUAAGGUUGGGUUUGGAUAGGAUUACCAUACGUCUGGAUUUUCCCGGACAUGUCUGGCUUUUGGGGGCUCAAAUCCCCGUCCGGGGGGAAAUCCCCAAAAGCCGGGCAUGUCCGGGAAAAUCGGGAGGGCUCGGCCGGGGCCUCUUUGUCUGGGGUCGCCGGUG